AGAAGAGCCGGCCAGAGAAAAUCAAUCGGCGUCGUUAUCUUCUCCAACACGUGCAACAUAAAUUUCUUGCUCUACGGAUAACAUUGUAAAUAAAAACUUAAGUUCUUGUGGAAAAAUACUUAAAGCAACUGGUAUAAUCUUGGCAAAAAUGAAAAACAAGCAGAAAAAAGUUGUUCAGCCGGAUAGUGACAGCGAUUCAAGUAUGGACGAGGAAGUCGACAGCAAGCAUAAUGAAUUGGAAACAGAUUCAGAUGAUGAUCAGGAGGAGGUUGACCAAAGCCAAAAUCAAGCAAUGACUGAUAGUUCUGGUGACAGCGAUGAUGGUGAAAUGGAUGAAGAUAAACCCACAACAAGUAAAAACUUGAAGAACCAAAAAUCCGCUGACGUAGAUGGCGCAGAGAAUUCCGACGAUGAAGGAGACAACGACGACGAGGAGGAUGGCGAUGAUGAUGAUGACGAUGACAACGAACCUGAAGUAAGAAUGCCAGUUUUAAAUCCUCUUAGCUUGAUGCGCAACAAGGAGCAACGAAUGGCAUUGUUUCGCAAAAUGAAGAAGGAAAAACACAAAAAGAAAAUGCAAGAGCGCAGAGCAAGACGUAAAGCAGGCGUACCGGCCAAUCCCGGUCAUACCAUAGAAAGUUUGAGGGAAAAGGAUCAAACGACUGUAACGAACCUUGAUGACUCGGACAAUGAAGAAUUGCGCAAAGAAUUACAAUUGGAUGACUUCAGUUCAUAUUUCGAGCGUUCUUACGAACCCAAAGUUCUCAUAACAUUUGCCGACAAUCCCGUUACGAAAACACGUAAAUUUGGCUUGGAAUUGGGACGAAUCUUUCCCAAUGCUUUGGUAAAGAUACGUAACAAAUCCUCAGUAAAGAACAUUUGUAAAUCGGCCGUAAGAGAAGAAUACACCGAUGUUGUUAUAAUAAACGAAGAUCGUCGCCAACCUAAUGGUUUAUUGGUAAUACAUUUACCCAAUGGACCAACAGCACAUUUUAAAGUAUCCAAUGUUAAACUUACCUCAGAUAUGAAACGUGAUCACAAAGAAAUUACAAAACAUCGCCCAGAAGUAAUUCUAAAUAAUUUCACGACGCGCCUGGGUUUGACUGUGGGUCGGAUGUUGGGUGCUCUUUUCCAUCAUGACCCUGAAUUCAGAGGACGUCGUUCUGUUACCUUCCACAAUCAACGUGAUUACAUAUUUUUCCGUCACCACCGUUACGAGUUCACCAAGGAUGGCAAACGCGUUAAGCUUCGUGAAUUGGGCCCACGUUUCACCUUGAAAUUGCGUUCUCUGCAAGAGGGGACAUUUGACAGUAAAACAGGUGAUUAUGCUUGGAUUAUUACCAAUAAGAGACACGCUCUGGAAGCGUCCAGACGCCGUUUCCACUUAUAGAUACACAUAUUCUUAUACCAGCAACGGUCUAGUUUUUAAGCUAUUAAUUCUAUUAAAAAAAUGUAGUGCGUGUGUAUACAUCGUUUUUUAAUUAAUAAUAUAUAGAAGAAACUGAAAA